GGCGUUGGGGGCUCAAUGGCGGCAGCCUUCACCCAUCCUCUAGAUUUGACCAAAGUUCGUCUCCAGACAAUCAAGCCGUCGCCUGGCCAGCCGCAUCCGGGCAUGUUCUCUGUCAUCCGUGCGACCGUCUCGCGAUCAGGCGUCCGGAGUCUCUACACCGGUCUCUCUGCUUCCAUCCUCCGGCAAAUGACCUAUUCGCUCACUCGACUGGGUGCAUAUGAGAAGAUCAAGGAGACUCUCUCUAGAAGUGGGAAACCGUCCGCUACACAAUUGUUUAUAGGUGCCAUGGUUGCUGGUGGUGUCGGUGGGGUUGCUGGUAAUCCCGCAGACAUCCUGCUUGUCCGUAUGACGAGCGACUCCAUCAAGCCGCCAGAACAAAGAUAUAAUUACUCUAACGCCCUAAGCGGCCUAGUAAGCCUCAUCAAAACCGAAGGACUCAAAGGCCUUACUCGCGGGCUAGGCGCGAACACGACGCGAGCUGUCCUCAUGAAUGCCUCCCAAGUAGGAUCAUACGAUUAUAUCAAAACUACACUCGUGGCACAUCGCCUGCCAAUAGUAGACUACCAAUUCCGGGACAAUCUCUUGUGCCACACCGUCUCCAGCUGUCUUGCCGGAACGAUCGCCACCACCGUAUGCGCGCCCGCGGACGUACUUAGGUCGCGCCUCAUGUCUGCGUCCUCAAGCGAAUCUUCGUUCAACGUGCUUAAGCGGUCAUUACAAGCAGAAGGACCGCGAUUCCUGUUUAAAGGCUGGACGCCCGCCUUCGUCCGCCUUGGGCCUAAUACUGUGCUGAUGUUCGUCUUCUUCGAGCAACUGAAAAAGGGUUGGCGAACGCUGUUCCCCGCGUCGUAAUCACCGUCGCCUUCGAUCCCGCACAAUAUCCGAGUCCGCUUCGAGACUGCUCUCGCCAGAGGUAUAGUACGCACCUUAGAUUAUUGAUUUGUUCUCCCGUAGAGCUAUCUAUCUAUCCCCGUAUCUCAUGUAUCCUUAACGUACAACGGCUAUUCCAUAUGGACCUUCGAUACUCCUACGAUGUUGCUAUCCGCAGCCUGGCUUCCCGAGA